GUUGGCUCUAGGCCUUUAAAAUGUACCUCCCCGUAGUGAUCGUCUCACUUUCGACUAUUUAUACCCUCCAUUUCCAUAUUAACUGAAGUCUAUAUGUUUAAAGCUUACCUAGGUAUCUGCUAUUAGACUUAACAUCAUAUUAUUCAUAAUAAUACCUUAACAAGUGAGAAUAAGCUAUGAAUACCUAGAAGAACCGAGCCACACAUAUUCCUCAAUGAAUUUAUCAAUACCUAACCUCUCCGAACCGGUAGCCGUUAUUCCGCUACCGCUCUCGGCGAUUCUGUCAUUGACAUCUUGGAAACAGCUUAUCGUCCCUGGCGUCCUCAUAUACGUAGGGUUAUGCAGGGCGUUACGCUACCGCCGCGAGCAUGCUCUACGCCGAAAGCUCGGAUAUACCGACCGCUCCUCGUUCUCACGCAUGACAGCCGUUGAAGCCCAGCAGGUCGUCAAAUUCAUGGCUACGUGGGAGAUGCCGCUCUUACACUUCUUGGCUUUGGAGUUUGGGCUUUUCAAGACGUAUGGUGUCGAAAGCAUAAGUCGUUUACUUCUUGGCACGAGAAACUUGACCGAUCCGGUUAUGAGCCUCAAGAGAUUCGAGGAUACAUCAGCUUUAAUCGGCGAGUUCAUGCUAAACCCGCCAACAUCGGAGCGAGCUAUGAAAGGCUUAGCUCGGAUGAACUUCCUUCACAGCAAGUACGUCAAGGAGGGGACCAUCUCCAACACAGAUCUGCUCUACACGCUAUCUGUGUUCAUGUUAGAACCGCCACGCUUCGCACGCCUGUACGAGUGGCGACCUAUGAACGAUAUGGAAUACUGUGCGUACGGCGUCUUUUGGAAGUCGGUAGGCGAUGCUAUGGGUAUCGAGUACAAGGGCCUCCUGGCACACGCUAAGUCGGGAUGGCGUGACGGUAUCGAGUUUGCCGAUGACGUUGCGGCUUGGGCUCAGGCUUACGAGGUCCAAGUUAUGAAGCCUAAUCCCGUGUCCGCCAAGCCCGCCCGGGCAUUGCUACCUAUGAUAAUAUAUUGGGUGCCGUGGUUCGCGAAGCCAUUCGUGACUGACAUCGUGAUUAGCCUUCUCGGCGGGAGGGUGCGCGAGGCAUUUAUGUUACCCGAGCCCGAUAUCACGGCCGUCGCAACCGUAUACUCUCUUCUCACGCUCCGACGUUUCGUCUUGCGGUACCUAACGUUGCCGCGCUUCUUCGAGCUUAAACGGUUGGGUGACCCUGAUCCAAAUACGGGCCGCAUUGCGCAGCCUAUACCAUACGGGAACUAUCCCUUCUACGUCAAACCAACGCUGUGGAACCGUUGGGGGCCUGUGGCCUGGGCUGUCUGGCUAUACGGCGGCAAGGUACCAGGAGACAACCCCGAAGAAUAUAUGCCCCAGGGAUAUUUGUUUUCAGACAUAGGCCCUAAGAACCGCAUGGGUCUAGGGAUUCAAGAGGUGGAGGCCGAUACCGAAAGAAUCAAGGCUAGCAGAUGGACAGGAUGCCCUUUUUAAUGACGUGAAUGGCCGUGUUUACUUAUGGGUCUUAGAAACCGGUCACGACAAUACUUGAGCUUUAGAAGGUCAUACGUAAAGUAGCAUCGAGACAUAGGUAGAUAUAUCAUCGAUUAACCAAUUGAUUUGCUAGUUAG